CUGGCUGUGAGGUGGUUGGAACACAGCUGCCGCUACCAGUACAUGGAUGAACUUCUCCAGUAUGUCCGCUUUGGCCUUAUGGAUGUGGAUACACUGCACACCGUAGCUCUUUCUCAUCCUCUCGUCCAAGCUAGUGAAACCGCAACCGCACUUAUCAAUGAGGCCUUGGCUUACCACCAGAGCAUCUAUGCACAGCCAGUUUGGCAAACCAGAAGGACAAAACCUCGCUUCCAGUCAGACACUCUUUACAUUAUCGGCGGGAAAAAACGGGAGAUCUGUAAAGUGAAAGAAUUGCGCUACUUCAAUCCGGUGGAUCAAGAGAACGUUCACAUUGCAGGGAUCGCGAACUGGAGCGAGCUGGCGCCUAUGCCUGUCGGGAGAAGUCACCACUGUGUCGCUGUCAUGGGAGACUUUCUGUUUGUAGCUGGCGGCGAGGCAGAGCACUCCACGGGGCGCACGUGUGCCGUGAGAACCGCCUGCCGCUACGACCCCCGCACUAACUCUUGGGCAGAGAUAGCUCCGAUGAAGAACUGCCGGGAGCACUUUGUGCUGGGAGCAGUGGACAAGUACCUCUAUGCAGUAGGAGGCAGAAAUGAAUUGCGUCAGGUGUUGCCUACGGUGGAACGCUAUUGCCCCAAGAAGAACAAGUGGACCUUUGUACAGUCCUUUGAUCGAUCGCUCUCGUGCCACGCAGGAUAUGUGGUGGAUGGUCUUCUUUGGAUAUCAGGAGGAGUAACAAAUACUGCACAAUAUCAAAACAGGCUCAUGGUCUAUGAUCCUCAGCAGAAUAAGUGGUUAAGCCGUAGCCCGAUGCUGCAGAGGAGAGUGUAUCACUCCAUGGCUGCUGUCCAAAGGAAACUUUACGUGCUCGGUGGGAAUGAUCUCGACUACAACAAUGAUCGAAUCCUGGUUCGGCACAUAGACUCCUACAGCAUAGACACCGACCAAUGGACGCGCUGCAGCUUCAACAUGUUGACAGGUCAAAAUGAAUCUGGAGUCGCUGUCCACAAUGGUAGAAUAUAUUUAGUGGGCGGCUAUUCAAUUUGGACAAAUGAGCCUUUGGCGUGUAUCCAGGUGCUGGACGUUAGCAAGGAAGGGAAGGAAGAGAUAUUUUAUGGGCCUACGCUCCCCUUCGCUUCCAACGGAAUAGCAGCAUGCUUUCUUCCAGCUCCUUAUUUCACCUGCCCCAACCUUCAGACUCUGCAAGUGCCUCACCACAGGAUCGGCACAAUGUGA